GAUCGUUAUCGGUAUCAAUCGCGAUGGCCGCAUCUUCCGCAUCAGUUUGUCGUCGUUUCCACACGUUUUCCGAUUCUUUAACUCUUCGCCGGGCCUAAGAAGCAGUCACAUUCCCGUUGGAAAGGAUGUCUGACGUGCUCCAGUUUGCAUAACCCAUCAUUAGCGCGACGGAGUUUGCGCUAGCAGCCACACCCACUCCCCAAAUGAUGAAAGAAGGGGAUGUCGACUAUGUUGCCUUCCUAACUGAUAACUCAAACAAGAGUCAAGACGGCAACAAGGGAAACAUGCAGUAUGUCUCCUGCACCAAGCGGCGAGCUGUUAUCAUCGGCAUCUGCAUAUUCAUAGCCAUCCUCGUUAUUGCGCUCAUCGCCGCGUUUGCGCGGCCCGUGCUGCGCUGCCCCAUCGUCAAGGGACCUCCCAGCGAAAAGGGGGGCGCCACUAGUACACCCGAGCCUCCGAAACCAAGCGGGCCGCCGCCCUACGGGAAAUGGAACGACAUUCGCUUGCCCCCUUUCAUCCUUCCCAUCCACUACAGCCUCCACAUGCGGCCGAACCUCACGGCCGCCUUCUUCAGCGGCUCCGUCAACGUCACCCUCACGGUGAACCAGUCCACGGACUUCCUCAUCAUUCACGCGAAGAACCUCACGCUCAAGGAACCGCAGCUCCUCGGACCAGGAGCCCCGCAGACAACCGCGUGGGGCGAGAUCCCGCAGCACGACCAGGUUUACGUGGAGUUUGACGGAAGCCUCGCGCCGAACACCAAUUACACGUUGCGUCUCGAGUUCGAGGCCCACCUGCACCGGGAUUUGGUCGGGUUCUACCUGAGCUCUUACACCACCAAGAAUAACGAGACGAAGCUGGUGGCGGCUACCCAGUUUGAGCCGACGUCCGCCCGAAAGGCGUUCCCGUGUUUCGACGAACCCGGGCUAAAAGCGACGUUCAAGCUGACCAUCUGGCAUGACUCCGACCUGGAAGCGUUCGCAAAUAUGGGUGUCAGUAGCGUCGGUUUCGACGGGGGUUCGCGGGUGACCGAUUUCCACACGUCGCUAAGAAUGAGCACGUACCUGGUGGCGUUUGUCGUAUGUGAUGGGUACAAGGACACGUACGUAAACUUCAAUUAUGGAGGCAGGAUAAUGAAGUUGAGUGUGCUCGUGCCCAGCAAGCAAGUUCCGCAAGGCAAUUUUGCUCGCGACAUAAUGGCAAAAUCACUCAAAUUUUACAACGAGUUCUUCAACAUUCCCUAUCCCAUGGACAAAUUAGACCUGAUAGCGAUCCCAGACUUUGGCCCUGGUGCAAUGGAGAACUGGGGGCUGAUAACAUUCCGAAUGAGCUCCCUGUUGUACGACGAUGUCUUGACUCCAGUCAAGAGCAAGGAGCGGAUCGCCUCUACCGUCGCACACGAGCUCGCUCAUCAGUGGUUCGGCAACCUUGUGACAAUGGAGUGGUGGGACGACCUCUGGCUCAACGAGGGCUUUGCUACCUUCCUCGAGAAUGUUGCCUUGGAUCACAUAGGGAAAGAAUGGGAAGCCAUGGCCACAUUUCCUUGCACCACUACACAGCCAGCCCUGGACCUCGAUGCACUGCGGGCCUCCCAUCCCAUUUCUGCCAGCGUUCACGACCCUGCUGACAUUGAUGCUCUGUUUGACUCCAUCUCUUACAACAAGGGAGCUGCUGUAAUUUACAUGCUGCAAAGUUUCUUGGGAUCUGACCCUCUCAAGAUGGGACUUACGCACUACUUAACCAACUACAGGUUCAAAAAUGCCCGCACGGAAGACCUCUGGGAUGCCUUUACCAACGUGACAUCAGGGCAGUUGAAUGUUGAAGAAGUUAUGAAUACAUGGACUCGUCAGAAGGGCUACCCACUGAUACAACUGAAGGUGUCUGGUGGACGCCUGUGGGCCAAUCAGACACGAUUUCGUCUGGUGGGUGAUGAAAGUGAUGAAGCAACCACUGACGACCUCUCUGAGUUUGGCUACAAAUGGUUUGUUCCCCUGACGAUCAUGACAGAUGCCAACCAAACAUCCCAGCUGUAUUGGAUGAACAAGACAGAUGUUCAAAUUCCAUUUGACGGAACGGCAAAGUGGAUCAAGGCAAAUACCAACCAAACUGGGUUCUACAGGGUGAACUAUGAGAAUUCUAACUGGGAAGCUCUUAUUGAACAGCUGAACACUGACCACGAGGUGCUCUCUGCUUCAGACAGAGGUGGUCUUCUUGAUGAUGCAUUCACCCUAGCCAGGACUGGGGAGCUGGCAGUGCCGCUGACCAUGAACCUCACCAAGUAUUUGAGCAAAGAGCGUCACUUUGCGCCAUGGGCCACAGCGUUGCCGCAUUUCUUCGACCUCUGCAAGCUGGGUUGGGACAGCCCUUGGCUGCCACACGUCAAGGCUCACAUUCUUGAAGUCCUGCGUCCAGUGACGGAAGAUUUGGGCUGGAAGGACGAAGGUUCACUCCUGCAAAAGAAGCUACGAGCAGAGGUGCUUUUGAGUGGAUUGUCAUUGGGUGACGAAAAAGUCUUCGCUGAAGCCACAAAAAGGUUCUAUGCGUGGACAAAUGGAAGUCAGGUCCCUGCUAAUCUGAAGGACAUAGUUUACCGUGCUGGAAUAAUCCGUGGGGGCCGGAAGGAGUGGAAUUUUUGCUGGAGCAAGUACGUGUCAUCCCAAGUGCCCUCAGAGAAAGCUCUGCUUCUUCAUGCUUUGGGAGCCAGUCGUGACAUGUGGCAACUGAAUCAGUUCCUUCAGUUCUCGCUAGAUCCCGAAAAGAUCAAAGCGCAAGAUGUGCACACGGUGAUUGGUGUGGUUGCAGAAAACCCUAUUGGCCACCUUGAAACAUGGAGGUUCUUACGACAACACUGGGAUACCAUCUACAACCUAUUCAAGGAGACUACAUUCUCAUUGGACAGCAUCAUAUCGGACGUAGUGUCUCGGUUCACGACUGAGUACGACUACGAAGAGGUGAAAGGUUUCUUCGCAAAGGUCGACCUCAAGGCUGGAAAGAUCGCGUUGGAGCAGGCGUUGGAACGUGUCCGUGCUAACAUCUUCUGGAAGAAAAAUAUCGAGAAGCACAUGCAGCUCUGGCUCGAGCAACAGCCGUUGCAAGUGCGCUAACCCCACUGGGCUCGCCAUACUCACGGUUGUCUGGUCAACUUUUUAAAAACUUUUUUUCGAAGUUGCUGCCACUAGUUCUCCCUGAACCACAGGGAUCCGGGUAAGACGUUUCGGGGCCCAAUCUUUUUAACGGACCUCCGAUUUUAUGAUUUUACAGGACGUUUUCUUUCCUGCGAUACAUCGCAUACAUUUUUUUUUUUCUUUUACCAGCGUCUCACAUUUUGCUGCACCAAUCGCAAGAUCCCCUUCCCGUUGCAACAUAUCUCUUUUUGUGUCACUUUUUAUUGACUUCGCUGCUAUAUUACUUGUGUGUGUGUGCAGUUCUGGUUGUGCAAGAGGUGGUAGAGGCAAAGAGGUGCAAAAGCUUCACUUUCCUCAGCUGUUGUGUUUUGCAGUGCUAUCUUGAUGGUACAGUUUCCCAUAUGGCAUGAUUUUUCUUUACAUGUCAUGUCAACGGGGUCCUUUUCUCUUUCUCACACGUACUGUUUUCCGUGCAGCGCAGCUUUUCCCAGUGUUCUCUAGAAAGUUGCACCGGCAUUCGUGGGAGACGUUUUAUAAUCUCAGCAAAAGCACGUUGAAGAUCGUACGACAAGCAUAAUUGCGCAGUCAGUGAAUGUGCUGACAAAAGCCUUAAAGUGGCUUAAUGAAUCUCAUGGCUUUUAUGUUGAAUGAGAGCGUUUGGCAGCACCCUUACUCAGUGAAUACUGAGAAGAUAUUAAGUUUAUUGGUGAUGCAAGCGAAGCUUUCUGUUAUGAUUCUGUGUUUUAUAAUCUCAGCAAAAGCAUGUUCAAGAUCGUACGACAAGCAUAAUUGCGCAGUCAGUGAAUGCGCUGACAAAAGCCUUAAAGUGGCUUAAUGAAUCUCACGGCUUUUAUGUUGAAUGAGAGCGUUUGGCAGCACCCUUACUCAGUGAAUACUGAGAAGAUAUAAAGUUUGUUGGUGAUGCAAGCAAAACUUUGUUAUGGUUGUAGCAUGCUGUUUAUUUUUAUAUACCAUGUGUCAGGAGUUUUAUUAUUUUUAUGAAUCUCUGCUACUGUCUGUAUUCAUGGUUUAUUGAAUCUCAAGCUGACACAGCCAGUGUUCUCAUCAAGAAACAGCCCCCUGUCAUGUCUAAUAGGGCGUAAGACAGUCAUUCGCUGAGAGGAAUCUUGCUUGUUGGCACCAUAUCUUUCGUCCAAUAGAAAGGAGUCAGUUGCAGGGUACUACAUGUCAUUACAUAAACAUCCAAUCAUGUGCGGUGCACACCCGCGAUGUGCCAAUACCAUAUGUGGUACUCUUCCCCCGAUGCAACUUUGGUGAAUUAGGAUUUUUGCUUAAUUUGAUUGCGUUAAAGAGUACAGGCAUAUA